CACCACGCCCUUGAUCAUUACCUCGACUUCGUUCUUAAACUUGGUAGAUAUACGAAGGUCUUCUAUUAUCGUCUUCACAAAGAGACACGCUCAUUUACCCUCUCUUACUACAUAGGUAGCCUCGCAAAUUGGGCGAUAUUCGAGGUAGCCCUGCUAAUUCUUCACGCAACGCCUUCGUUAUUCUUUCAUAUCAAAACCCGCACGAUAUACACGGUUCACAAUGCAGUAGUUGUAUAGACCUACUAAAUACAAUGUCUGGUUCUUCUCCUGCACCUCGGAGAUCGCGUCAAUGGUCAAGUCCUGAUCGCCGCAGUAUUUCCAGCCUCCUCACCGAAAGUCGCAAUUCACCUCUAAGCCACCAAGAUGCUCUUGCUGCGGCACAAGCUGAACACGACCGCGUACGCGAGGCUGCUAUCAGGGUAUACCAGGACUAUGAGUCGCAACAAGAGCGGCGAAGGUUGUUAGAACAGCAAGAAAGGAUAUUGCAGCAGCAAAAACAGGAGGAAGAACGAAUUCGGACCGAAGAACGACUAAGAGCUGAGGAGAUACGAUUGAGAGAGCUGAAGCUGAAGACAGUCCCGAAACUACCGCCCGAGCCUCCGGCCCCCGUUACAGAAGUUAACGGAUCGGCUACUUCCCAGAACCCAACCCAACCUACCCUGGUGGGAGCAAAAUUAGAACAAACAUCAACUUCGAAGACGCCCCAAUUCGGCCUUCCGCAGCCAGCCUUGACAAAUGGGCUGAAUGGGCAUGCCAAUGGCACGAGCGGCACAAAACCCACGCAGCCAACAAUACAAUCAAUGCUAUCGCAGCCAUUAAGCCAACCAAACAUCACACCUCAAGCACAAGUACAGCCUUCAAGCAUACCAUCACCAUUUUCGCAACCGGUUAAGCCUACACCUACUCAACAAAAUGGCUUUCCCGCUGCUGCCCCCGCCAAACCCUCUGUCGGUGUUACCAAGGAUCGGUACAUCGAAAUACACCAGAAUCUGAAGAGGUUACGAGAGUCACUAUUACAACAGUCGAAGUCAAAUCCUGCUCUAAAACAACGGAUGGGAGAUAUGCGGCGAGAAUUGAGGAAGAAUAUGGGUCAGUUAGUUAGUACGAAGAGUGGAAAUAGGAAACAGAAUGAAGCUAUUCAAGCUCUCCUAAACGAAGCUAUCAGUGGUGCCGUGCCGAGCCAACUGGUCGACCCGUCCGAUUACAUUACAGAUAAGAGAGAACCAGUACAAGGUGCCUUACAUAACGAACCGCAGCUCCCUUCCUUAUUCCUCUAUCUACUCAACCACUUCUCCAAGGCCGUCAUUAACCAAUUCAUCAACGAAUGUGGUGCACAGCCCACAACGGCUGAUCCUAUCGGAGUCACGGUAGCGAUCAUCUUCUCGAAGGAUGUCUACUUGUGGCGUGGGAAGACACUAAUCGAUAUAUUAAUGGCAAAGUUCCGCGUGGUCUGUCCUGUCUUAUUCGGUUAUUAUGGGAACGAAAAGACGGAACAGGGUCGCCUCCGCCUAGGUUGGAAGAAGUCGCCGGCUGGAUAUAUCCCUGAGCAGCAACACAGCGAUCGGAUGAAAGGUCUGGGAGCAGGGUAUGCUGCGAUUGCGCUGAGGAACUUCGGAAAAACAAAGAGCAGCAAUCCGUGGCCUCCUACGAAUUAUUGGACUGCUAUGGCGAGGAUAGUAAACACGCCACCGGCCGAUAUCUCUGAGACGCAGUUUGUGGUUCUGAGAGCGAUGAUUGAAGCUAGUGAGGAGAAGUUCAUUCAAUUCUACGGGAAUGCAGGUAUAGCUGCAUUGAGGAAAGCCUUGGUCGAGUUCCCGAACAAAGCGGUAAACAAGACUCCAGGAGCUUCGGGAUUAGAAGUACUGGCACAAAUCUUGAAGAGGGACAUUGGAUUGGAGCUCUAAGCUCUUAGCACUCGGAUAUGGACAGCCUGGGUCUUUGUAUAGAAGGCAUUUGCCCGACUUUUCUACGGCGUUGGGGGAUACUAAUGCGUAAAGCGAAAUAGCAUUAGACGGAGUCUAGAACGGUUCAGAUAGGUACUGCGUCUUCUGGCGUCUUUGAAUAUACCCUAGCCGAGAUGGUCAAUAAGC